UCUGUAUAUGUGCAUGCAUGACGCGCUGCAUGCAAUAACAAAUGCAUAUUUGUGAAAUGGAGCAGAAAAGUGCGACGCAAUGUUGACUUAUCUAUGAUAAUGAUAAGGAAGUGAUAAUGAAUGUUUAUAUAUAGAAGUAUUGAUUAAAUAUGUGAAUUCUUUGUAACUAGUGCUCAAUCAAGCAACGUAUAAAAAUCAUGAAGCAGCACGUAGCGUUAACGUUACUGGUACUUGAGGUAUUGAUACUCCAACAGGGGCUAGCCCUUGUACGGGCACCACGUGUCGCCAUUAUAGGAGGUGGCAUUGGUGGUGCAUCCGCCUCGCAUUUUCUAACAGAGCUGUCAAACGGAACUGUUGAUAUCGACCUGUACGAGGCAAAGACUAUCGGCGGACGAUUGGCGACCACCAAGAUUGAUAAAGAUGAAUUCGAAGCUGGUGGUUCGAUUAUACAUCCCAAGAACAAGUACAUGCAGAGAUUUGUUAAACUCUUGGGUUUGGAAAAGAGUCCUUACAUUGCUGAAGAUGGAGCUGAUGCCAUAUGGAAUGGAGAUGAAUUUAUAUUCCUAGGAGAUGAUUUGAUGUCAAAGAUGAAGUUAUUUUGGAGAUACGGCCUUCAAAUAUUCAGCCUCAAAAACCAUGUAGACAACAUAAUGGAAGAUUUUGUGAAGAUAUACGAUCUGCAAGAUGCUGGGCAUUCCUUCGACAAUGCCACUGCACUAAUAUCAGCUACAAAUAAGGAUUUUCCAAAGUUAUUACGAACCUCCACAAAAGAUUAUUUUUUACGUUUAGGUUUUAAAAAGAUUCUAAUCGACGAAUUAGUGCAAGCCACUACCGUAGUGAAUUACGGCCAGGAAGUCCAAAAUAUUCAAAGUUUUGUUGGUUGUAUAUCUGUAGCUGGAGCAGGCGCUGACUUGUGGUCUGUUAAAGGUGGAAACAAAGAGGUACCGCAGCAUCUCAUUAACAGAAAUAAGAAUGUAAAUGUAGUACCCAGUCGUGUGACAAAGAUCCGCAAUCUAGCAAAUGUUUCUAAUUCGAGUCAGUACGAAGUGACCUACAUAAAUAGAGGUAGUACAGAUCCAAUAACGUCUAAUUACGACAUUGUGAUCAUCGCCACACCACUUACCAGCGACCAAGAAUUUCAAAUAGAAUUCGUUGGAUUUCCAAACAGUUUGGUGUUUCCAGGAGAUUUUCAGACAACAUACGCGACAUUUGUCAAAGCAAAUCUUAAUGUAACAUAUUUCGAUUUGCAACAGGCUAUGAAUUCUAUUUUAAGUUGUAAUCCUAAUAAAACGAGGAUCAGUUCGGUCGGGAAACUGAAUCCUGUUGACGGUUCAGUUAAGAAAGCUCCUCGAGUUUGGAAGAUUUUUAGCAGGGAAUCUAUGGAGUCAAGUGUUAUACACAAAAUGUUUUCUCAAGUCAUCGAAAAAAAGGAAAUUGUUUGGAAAGCAUAUCCCCAUUACUCGACAAAUUUGAAACCCAAUAAUUUCAAAUUGCACGAUGCUCUGUAUCAUGUCAAUGCGAUGGAAUGGAUCGGAAGUGCAAUGGAAAUGAGCGCGAUUGCUGGAAGAAACGUCGCUAUUUUGGCAUACAAAGAUUUUCAGGAAUCGUGUGUUCAUGAUUUCAUGUCAGACAGAGAGGCCUUUCAACAUUCUAAUAUUAAAAAAUUACGCAUGAGAGAAGGCUUGUAGUGUGAUAUUAUUCUUGCUAUUAAUUUUCUUAACGAGUUUUAUGCUGGGAUUAUCAGAAAUGAUAUUAUUUUUGUAGCAAAAGUAUGAUGUAAAAAAAAAGUUAAGAAAUAAAUUAAGCAAAAAUAAAAUAAAUGUAUCAAGUAA